AGGCUGGUCUGUUCUCUGCUAUAUUGACUGCCUUCGUGCAACAGUCAUAUUUACUGCUCCAAACCGACCCUAUGGAGACCACCAACCAGCUCCUCGCAUAUGGUAUCUCCAGUGGAACUGUAGACGUCUCUGCCAACCCCCUCAUUCAUAGGAAGAUAACGAGGAUCUUAACCGCAGAAGAGUCGCCCAGCUCUCUGAAUUCAGCCCGGUGGAUCAACGCACUGUUCUUCGUCAGCCUUGUUCUGGGCCUCGCUGCGGCACUUCUAGGCAUCCUCGCAAAGCAGUGGCUACGUGAGUACAUGCACUGGAAUUCGCCGCUGGCUCUCCCCCGGGAAAACAUUCUUGUGCGGGAGAUGCGCUUCGAGGCCUGGCAGAUGUGGAACGUCGCUGCGACCAUCUCGGCUAUCCCUGCUUUACUCGAGGCGGCGAUGAUCUUAUUCCUCGUUGGCAUGGUCAUCCUCUUGUGGACACUAGAUGACAUUGUGGCGAUCGUUGUCACGGUGAUAGUCGCCAUAUUCCUCCUCGUCGUAGCUGUCUUCACGGUCCUCCCCAUCUUCUCCCGCCGCUGUCCAUACAAGUCUCCAACCUCAUGGGCCCUCGUCACCACGUUCCAUGCUUUGUCGGCAUCCAUCGAAUGGGCCAAGGAUAAUAUUUGGGUCCUUUGGCGUCGCUGGGAAACGCUGACGGCUGCUCAUCGAGACUGGUCCCUACAGAAGGUGUUCAAAGAGGUGGUCCACGGUAACUCCCUUUCUGGGCGAGAGUUCCAGUUCGUCCUGUGGCCAUCGGCUCUCCCGAAGAACUGGAGAGAACGCGAUCUCGGAACCUGUCGCGCAACGGACGUGCGAGUCGGCGAAUGGUGGUCUACACGACUGGACGCUCUCCCAGCAGCGAAGGAGGCGCUUGCAAAGGAGAAGAUCCAUCUCGGUGAGGAUGGAGAGCUCAUGGGGACCCCCCAACCCGAAGAUGUCCCUGAUGAAGCCGCACGAGAGCUGGUCACCUACGUCACGGAGACGGCGUUUCUUCUCCGCGCGCUGUCCUGGGUGCAGAUGUCUUCCCAGGACGUUCGUGUCGGUGCCUACAUAGCGCAAGCUGUGGAAUCUAUUCGACGGGAUAUAAGCAAAGACGCCGCAGCGCGCUGGUCCUCGGGUAUCUAUGCCACAGCCAACUGGUGCAUCAUCGCGUCACUGCAGGACGGUACCAUCUACCAGCCACACCUUGCGCUGUUUCACGGCAAAGUCAAGAACAGCCGUACCAGCAUAACCGAAGUUCGGGCAGGGCUGGAUGUCUCCAUGGCUGGUGAUCAACUCACGGUGCCUUCGAGCGAGGGUAAAAGCUGGCUUGAAGUAAGGCGAACGCGAGGCUCAGCGCAAGGUAUACACUCCAUGCUCGCGCGAAUGCUUGCAGUUGACUUCAACCGGUUCUCCACGGAUGUCACCGGAACCGACUCUGCCUUGCGUGUGAGACGGCUGAUGGAACUCUACGCUGUUGUCUCUGACCAUGAUGUCUCUAUGCCUCUACCGGCGACAGAAUCGCGAAAUUCUGCAAGUCUACGCCCCUUGAUCAAUGCCCAGCCGCGGUCGUGCCCUGCCGGUGCUCGAUCUUUGAUCUUCGUUAUGGCUUGCCAGCUCUCAAGAGUAACUUUCGACACGGAGAACAAGAAGCUAGGUCGGUCUUCCUAAUGUGUCCCGUAG